GAUUCCCCCUGAGGGCGCCCAUCCCAUAGCCUCGGGCCCCCGGUCAGUGCUGGGCCCGGGCAAGUGCGGACCUGGGCGGGAGCGGGUGGGGCGAGGCGCGGCGGGACUCCGCUUUCUCUGAAUGAGUCCUUCUCCGAAGGAGGCUUGGGUGCCACUCUGCUUUCUCCACAUCGACAUUUCCACUUGAUCCAGCACUCCCGUCUGCUCCCCGCUAUCGGCUUCCUUCCAGAGGGGCUGCCCUUGCACCUUGAGCCCAGCAGUGCGAGGGGGCCACCAUGCUGAUAAAGGAGUAUCGGAUCUGCAUGCCACUCACCACUGAAGAGUACCGCAUUGGACAGCUCUACAUGAUCAGUAAGCACAGUCACCAGGAGAGCGAAAAAGGCGAGGGUGUGGAGGUGGUGAAAAAUGAGCCACACGAAGACCCUGUCCACGGGCCUGGACAGUUCACCGAGAAACGUGUGCACCUGUCCAGCAAGCUGCCCAGCUGGGCCCGCGCAGUGACCCCCCGGAUAUUCUACAUCACAGAGAAGGCCUGGAACUAUUAUCCCUACACCAUUACGGAGUACACGUGCUCCUUCCUGCCAAAGUUCUCCAUUUACAUUGAGACCAAGUACGAGGAUAACUGUGGAGACAACACGAAUAUCUUCCUCAGUAACAAAAUCCUGGGCAAUCAUGAGGUCACCUUCCUGGACAUCGCCUUUGAUGAGAUUCCUGAGCGCUAUUACCAGAGCCCAGAGGACCCACGGUACUUCAGCUCAGUGAAGACGGGCCGGGGGCCCCUGAGAGAAGGUUGGCAGGAGCAUACCAAGCCCAUCAUGUGCUCCUACAAACUGGUCACGGUCAAGUUUGAGGUGUGGGGGCUGCAGACACGAGUGGAGCAGUUUGUCCACAAGGUGAUCCGGGACAUCCUGUUGAUAGGACACCGGCAAGCCUUCGCCUGGAUAGACGAGUGGUGUGAGAUGACGAUGGACGAAGUGCAGUAUGAGAGGGAAACUCAGGAAGCCACCAACGAGAUCAUUGGCAGGGUAACGCCGUCCAUUUCUAUCAGUGAGGUGGGGCAGCCCUCGGCCACUCACAGCGCCCCUGCCAGUGCCCCCUCCACGCCAUUGAGCGGCGACCCCCCAGAAUUCCUCAGCGCCCCCAAGGACAGGGCCCGGAAGAAAUCCGCUCCGGAAAUGCUGACGCUGCCAGCACUGAGGGAGCGCGCCAAUGCUGAGUAAUAGCUACCCUUGGGCCAAGCCCAUUGGAUGGACACAGAGCCCCGAUUCCUUCCCCCACGACUUGGGGACAACGCCACCCACCUAACCUGCCUUGAGACACCUAAACUCUACCAUUGUCCUUCAGAAUGUUGGUCCCUCCCUCCCCAUAAAAGAGACCCCAGAUCGGUUCGAGAGCUGGACGGCGGAAGCCCCAUUGUAAGGUUGCAGACUUUCCCUGCUGUCACAGACGGCCUGAGACUGCAUCUCCCUACUCCCCUGUGGUCACUCUCUCUUCUCAGCAUUCCAGCAUGGGCUCUGCUUUUCCAGCCAUCAACUCAGGGAGGGCUCCUGGUCCAGCCAGCACAUGGGUGCCGCUUCUUGGGGGAGAUGCGCUGCACCGGACCAUGUCGGCGGCGCUGCUCAGCCACCCCUCAUGUGGGUGAUGCUCCUCCAAACACCCUCUGCUGGAGCCAGGCUGGGGAAGGAGGCCGACAUGCCAACCUCUCCCUAAGGAAGUCAGAAGCACCUUAGAAAUGACAGGGAUUCUGCUGAUUAGCAACCUCUUGGUUGCCAUUAUCUCAAGUACCAGUGAGCAGGAGGCAGGUGCACGGGGCUGCUGCUAGGGAAAGAAGUGUUGGGAUAUGCUUGGCAGGGUCCUCGGUGCCAGGGCAGGACCAGCCUGCAGAGUGCAGGGAAAGGUGCCUUGCAGCCCCAGCGCUUCCCUUCCUGUGCAGCCCUGCAAACCUCCCUGCAGCCGUGGCCAAGCUGUUAGUAAGCCGCAAGCCAUUGGCAGUGUGCGAAUCCCAUUAGCAUUACAGUCAAGGGGGCAGGAUCAGCUGGCCAAACACUACUAUUAACCAGAAGUUGUUAGCAUCAGGAUACUCGUAAGUGGAAUCUACGAUCACAUAAAAACUGCAGGCAUUGGCUGCCCCUCGUCCCCACUGGGGCCUGCCAGGACUUUUAGCUGAUGUCCCUGCCUCCUCCUCCUGUGAUUUCUGGCUACAUGCCUGGCUUCCAUAUAAAACAGUGGCCCCGAUCAUCCACCUAACCUCACUGUACAGUCUCUCCCAGCUGCAAAGCCACAGUGAGGCUGCCUGCUUCCUUCCCAUGCUAAAUAGGGAGGCCAGGUAUUAGACUGAAGGGAGGCGCUGCAGACAGUCCUGUCCAGGACUGCUUUGGGGACAAUCCCGUGGUCAGAGAGAUUCCUCCAGGGCACUGGUGAAGAGCCAGGCUGGGGCCUUAUCUAUGCUAAGGACAGUUUACUACCCGUCCAGUAGCCCUGGUUCUCUGGCCACUAGGUAUUUUAGGAGCCUCAGUGUAGAAAAGGCCCCCACCAGAUUGUACACUCGCUAUGAGUAGGGGGUUAUGCGGACAGGGCCUGAUUGUCAUUUACAUCAGGGCCCCGCCCUCUGCCCUGUCAGUAGUGCAAAGCAACUAUGGUGUGUAUUGGCGCCGGCAGACAGCAAGAUGGAUUUGCCAGACCCCAGUGCUGCUACAACUGUGGGUAGUUCAAUAUUAGGAAUGUGGGGGGGCAGCUUCAGCUGUUGUCUCUAGUGUAGGCAGGUCCCUGAAGCCUGAAUUGCUGCUCUUCGUAUUGCUGCUUCUGCUGUCCCAGCUGAGCUGCCCCCUGUGUACAUGAGCCCUGCCAGGGGAAGGUGCAGGAGGGCCUGCCUGGUGCCCUUUGUUUCACCAGUCCCCUCUGGUGACACUGACAAGAAUGGAGCCCAUCAUGCCUGAUCACCCCAUCUUCAGCCCAACCGUGUUCUCUCCAAUGGUGCCUUCAGGAGUAGGACUAUUGCCACGGCAUGCUUCCUGGUGCCCUUGUGGGCCCUUGGCGAGGCUGGCGUGCACGCUCCUCUCCCCCCCAUGCACCUUGUUACCACCUGCUCCAACUGCGCCUCGGACUUCAGCAGCCUUGAAACUGCCUCUUGCUAAUCCAGCUCCCCGCUGGAGCAGGGUCUUACUUGCCAGCAGGACCCCAGCCCCUGCAGAGGGGAUGCUGGAAAUGUGCAGACUCUGGGACCAGGGGUGUCAACCACCAACCGUCACAGCCCUAAUGCUGGUUUUGAACAGCCCAUACUAAGCACACCUUGAAUUGCACUUAUUCCGAAACAGGAAUCUCCCCAACUCCCUCCCCUCUGCUAGGGCCUCCUGGCUGGGCUCUGUUUGUCUGGGUUGUAAUAUCCAUGCUACAGAUUGUGUCCCAGACCAGCAGAAAUGAAAUAGCCAGCGUUUGCUUCAAGAAAGUGCAUAGAUCAUCCCUAUUCCUGCAGCAGGCCCAAGCCAGUGAUCCCCCAACCUUUCUUGUGGGAAUAGCAUAUUGCUAUUCCCAGAAGACUCUGGCGGGCACAGACACCCCGACACCGGAAGCGGGCAGCAGCAAUAAGCGCUGCUGCCGAAAUGCCACAAAGAAACGGCAACGCAUUAUGGUGGCGGGAUGUCUGCGGGCGCACAAAAAUGCCCCAGCAGGCGCCAUGGCGGCUCGCGGGCACCGCGUUGGGGACCCCUGGUCUAAGCCAAGGUGAACCUGAGGAACAAGGCCCUGAUCCUGUGAGGAGCCGAGAACCUCUUCCGUAGCUCUGUGGCCUUCCCUUGAGGUUUAGGGGCCUCAGCAGCGAGCAGGGUCAAGCUUGUAGUGUGUUACAUGAGGCCACUGGAAGAGUAGAUUGGCCCUGCUUGGGAUUCAUAGUGCCAGCUGAGAAGCACUGGGGCGUGAUGGGAGGAGGCUGGGUUUGGAGAUGCACCCACAUUUGGAUGUUUUUCCCAACCUUCUACAAACUAUCCCAAACUCUUGAGUCUGCAAAGCUGGACUGGGAUUUGACGAGAACAGGCUCUCGUGGCAUUUUGUCACCCUGGAGGCCAUGUGAAAAUGGGGAACAUUAACCAAGUGUUUUGGACAAGUUGAAUUUGAGCUGCAGGUUUGGUUUAUUUUUAAUUUGAUCUAGGCUGGUUUGUCUGCCCCAGGGGCAGUGCAAAGGGCUGAUGCAGUUGUGUAGAAAUAGAUUCACUUCCUGGCGGUGCUGAAUGUGCCAAUGGAAGGAAGUGUUUUUAUAUGUGCUAUAGAGGUUGGAUAUUAGCGAUGGGCUAGACCCAGAGUCUCCAAUUCAUACCCUUCCCAAGGGUGAGGAGUUGGAUUUGAAUCCUCCAAGUGUGGUUCAGGUUCUGGAUCAAGUCCAGAAUUGGGAGGGAUCUAUUUGCUGCUUCCAGGAUGCAGCUGAAAUCUCACAAAGCCACACGGCAAGAUUUUGCACCCUCGGAUUUACACUGAAGACCAGAAUUCCAAGUCAGAGCCUUUCCCCGGAGGAUCUGAGCCUAUCUCUGGGAUAGAUCAUUGUCCUGGUGGAUGGAUUUACAAAGCCCCUCUGGUGUCACUGAGUUUUAUGUACCUCACUCAAAUUUUGGGGCAGCCGGACUAAGCCUUUUAAUGUGUCUGGUGCUUCCUGGGUCUCAGGGCCUUGUGCAGCUGGGAUUGGGUCUGUGUUCUGCCCAGCUGCAAAAUUCCAGUCUGGACUCUCUGCUUUGUGUCUUUAAUUGUGAGCCCUCACUGGUUUGCGCUUUGUGCCCGUGGAACAUGUGUUGUGUGAGCAUGUGGGUGUGCAGACCACUAGCCUCACGUGGACAGGAGCGUGUGUUCCCGCUGCAGCCAACGUGGAGGUGUUUGGGCUGCUUCAGUUUUUGGUCCCCAGAGGCCCCUGAACUGGGGUUCUGUCUCUUGUGGGUGUCCCGUGGCCUUGGCUUCCUGAGGUCCACCUGGGUGAGUGUGCAGUAGCUGGCCCUGGCAGGGGCUCUGCAGUGACGCACACAAGGAGACUGCUCUUGAUUUAUGCCCUGUGAGCGGCCAGUGCCGACCACCAUGUACGGCGGUUGGAGGCCAGUGCUGGAGCUGAAGGACCUUUCUCUUAUAAAUCGCACCUGGCUAUAGGUGUGUGUCCAAGAGCCACCUCCCCUCUUCCUCCACCCCAUUCUAUUCUGAGUCCCUGGGUGUGUUUGUGCAGUGCCCCUGUCCCCCCACGCUUUGACAUGGGGCCAGGGCUGCAGCUGCCAGCCUGUAAAUAGAUAUUUGCUGAAGACAAAACCCAAAUGUGAGACGGGGAGGGUCUGCAUCACAGCUGGGAUCUGGAGGAUUGGUGGGAAUCUAUCUCGCAUGCAAGUGUCAUGAUGUAGCCCUCCCGCCCAGCUUCCCAACUGCUCUCACCCCCUUCCCUCCCUGCCCUGUGCCCCGUCCUCCUCUCACACCCUCACUAAUUUCUUUAUUUCUCUUCCACCCCGCUCCCCUCACAGGCAGCCAGGGCACUGUGUGUCUGUGACCCUGGGGCUGAGGGAGGCCCUUGGGUGCAGGUUGCCAGGUGUGCGCUGAGCUAGUAACUGUGGGCGCUCCCUUUCAGCAGAUCCUGGGGGGAUGGGGGAGAGGGGGCAUAGACCUUCCCUGCUGAGAGGCUUAGAUCAGCUCCUGAAGGAUGGGGACACCCAAACCCCCCGCAUUCCCUGCAGGGCGCCAGGGACACACUGAUACAUAAGGGGCUCAGCUCGGGCCGAGGGAAGCAGAGUUACCCUGGUGACACCAGCACCCCCUUCUGUCUAUUCCAGGCAGGCAAAGUGAACUGUUUUUCUCUCUUGAAUUUGUUCUGCGGCUCCGUGCUCCUCACAUGCGAGAGGCUAUUUCAGUGUAGGCCAGCUAAAGAGGGGGCAGGGGCUGGCUUCCUUUCUUACAAUGAAGCCCCUUUUCAGCAAUAAAGCCGUUGCUACUG